GCAGCGCGCAACGUGGCACGGGGACUUUCCCUGUUGUGGUGAAGGAGGAACGUUUUUCCUUAUCAUUUAUGGAAAUCAGUAACUUUUAAGACAAGAUGUGCAUCAGUGUAACCUAAAGGUGUGUCGUGUUACCAGAAGUUAGUUAUGGGCGCUACCACACGUCGGUGAUUGUGACUCAGAAACGUACGUGUGCGUGCGUUGUGAGAGUGCACAACAGACAGAAACUUUGCCAGUAAUUUCCUUGGUGCCCCUAUGCGCUCAUUGGUGCCUCCCUCCAACGUGUCACCAGUUUGUGUGGAUAAUCCCAGAUAUCUUCACCUGCUGGAGGGUGAAACGCCACUCCUGUCUCUCAGCUGCUCUCCUCACGGUGUCCAGCUGCAGUAAGAACCUUUGACAAAACUUGUCUCGUUCACAGAACAACUCAGGGAAGAUUUGAAGACUCAGUUGAUUUGGUCUUUUUACGCACGACGAACACUGAGAUGCAUUUAUUGACUUUAGCGUCAAGUAUGACGGCGUUCUCUUUCCCAUUAUCUGUCUUUUUGGCACCUUUGCUGCUGAACGCUCUCCGGGUCAGUGGCUCCCCGUCCCCGGGCUGCGCUUCGUGUGGCUUACCUUCAAUGGAGAGAGACGCAGAGGAGAGGCUGAUGACAGAAAUCGCCAAGCAGCAAAUUUUGGAGAAGCUGCACUUAAAAGAAAGACCAAACAUAACUCACACGGUUCCCCGGGCGGCGCUCCUCACUGCGCUGCGCAAACUGCACUCGGGGCGCGUCAGACAGGAUGGCACUCUUGAACUACAAAACGAAAUACCAACCAGAGAUCCUGGCUAUGAAGUAGUGAGCUUUGCAGAUAUAAGUAAGAUGGACAGUGGUGAGGGGGCCAGCCUCAAUUUCCAGUUUCAGCAGGAACAAGGCCAGAGUAUCCAGGUACUUGAGUCCUCUCUGUGGAUCUAUGCCCGCUCUUCUGAGGACCCUCGCCGGGACUCAAGACUCUUUGCCAGAGUCUUCCUUUCUGCAGUUGAACACGUGUCUGGUAGCAACCGCACCCUGGUGAUAGAGAAGAUGCUGGAGGUCCAGGACAGUAACUGGCACACCUUUCCCAUCACCCGCACCCUGCAGUCAUUCCUCGACGGUGGCCAACGCCGCCUACAGCUGGAGGUGAGCUGCGAUGAAAAUGGGAAGAAUCUUUGCUCCUUCGAUGACACAGUUAAUUCCACGCACCAGCCCUUCCUGGUGGCCAAGGUGCGCCUCCGGGAUGACCGCUCCAAACACGUACUCAGGAAGCGUUCCUUGCGUUGCGGGAAUGUAGUAAGCGUGUGCUGCAAGAGAGAAUUCUACAUCAAGUUCAAGGAUAUCCAGUGGGACGAGUGGAUCAUUGCACCUGAAGGCUACCAUAUGAACUACUGCAUAGGUCAGUGCCCCCAACAUCUGGCUGGUUCCCCUGGAAUCGCAUCAUCUUUCCAUGCCACUGUCUUCAGCCAGCUGAAAAUCAACGGCAUCAACACAGCCACAACUUCAUGUUGUGUUCCCACUGAGCGCCGGCCACUCUCCAUGGUCUUCUUUGACUCUCAGCACAGCAUUGUCAAAAUGGAUGUUCCAGACAUGAUAGUGGAAUCCUGUGGAUGCACAUAAAGGACGCAAUAUGAGAGACAUGGUACUUAACAUAGAUUUGUUUUGUGUGUAUUGUAGACUGAGACUCACAGAGUGAUACAAACACACAUCAACAGAGCACAUGACCAAACUCAAAACAUUUACUCAGGUAACAUCUGAUGGAUUUGACUUCAAAAUGAUAACUGCCUUACAAAUUUCUUGUGUUAUGCAGUAUGUAGGUAGCAGGCUGCAGAGAAAUACUAAGCUUCUCAAUUUUAGAUUGGAACUUAUUUCAAUAACUAAUAUCAGGCAAGUUAUUCUAAUUUAUGCACAAUUUGUGAAUGCAGAAACAUUUCAUUCAUAUAUCAAAGGCAUAAAUUAAAGAGAGGAAAUAAACUAAGGAACAUUAACACCUGUUGAACUCAACAGAGAUCAGAAAGGUGUGAUAUCAAUGUCAAACAUUUGGCAGGAAUGCAAACUAGUUCAGACUAGAUCAAUGUCAGACAGACUGCAGAUGUUGUUUACAUUAAGGUAAUAAUGUGAUGCCUUCAAGAGAAUCCUAAUUCUAAUUUUAGUCAUAUUUAGUUUAUUUAUUUAUUUUUCCAAAAUUGCUGCUGGGAUUCAGUUCAAAGAUGCAGUAAAUUGUUUUAUGGAUCUUAGGAAAUUGUGAACAGAAGUGAUAUUUCAAUGCAAAUUACAUUAUGUUAGAUAUUAUAUUUCCUGUGUGUUUCAUAUGGUCAUAGUGUCCACAUUCUAUAAAUAGAAUUUAAAUUGUGCCUUUUAUAAAUCGUGAUGACCAAGUGGACUUACUCUUCAAGUAUUGGGAAAUUAUAACUCACCUGAACUUUAUUCAGUAAUAUAAAUGGCUGGUAAUAAAAGCAUUUGAGCAUCAUUCUCAGUACAACAAAUUUGAUAAUAUUUCUAAGAUGAAAAAGGUGCUUUGUUAAAAUGGGUUCUGAGUCUAAACUCACUCAAACUUAAAGCGUAGAGUUUAUAUUUCCUCUUGCUGCUUUUUAACUUUUCAAAACACUUGAAAAUUCCUCAUUUGGGGAAACAGAUAUGUACAACUGGAAGCAUAAUGAAAACAAAAUUGUGCCAAGAAUAUUUCCUUGAGGAACACCAUUUUUUCAUAUGGGUCUCUCAUGUGCAAGAAAAUAUGUUUUAGGUUGACAUGUCACACAAUUCUACUGCUAUUCUGAGGAUUUUACUAUUUUUUACAUCCAAGAAAAUAUAAAAUUAUAUGACAAAGUUAUGAUACAGUGCAAGAGAACACUGAAAUUGAUAUGAAUCAGUUAAAAACUGCUGAAAUCUGCCCUAAGCUCACUCUGAUUGCAGUUGAUGCCGUAUGCAGGUUGAAAUAUGCUUAAUCAGCAUAUUUACCAUACAUAUUUACACAAGUAUGGUAAUCAGUUGGGUAACUGACUUUGACAGAAUAUGACCCCAGGGUUAUUUUUCAGCAGCGUGCUCAAACAUUUAGCUAUUGCUUCAGUGUCAGGUAAUGUGAAGGUCUGUGAAGCAGUGGGAUCAAUGACCAUGGCGCCUUUAAAUGAUUCACUUGUAUUUACGCUUUUGAGUUCAAACUUAAGAAAUAUUUUUAAUACCGGAGUCUGUCUUUGCAGUUCAUGAAUUUAUCUUCUAAGCACUUCCUGUCACAAGAUUCAUUGUGACAUUGAGGUGCCGUUGUACCAUAACUUACUAUGCACUUUAUCAUCCUACUGUAUUUUUAUAGCAAAUUUUAUAGGCCUUCAGAGAGCACAAAGUCAAUUCGCAAUAUAUUUUAAGCUCUAAGUUGUGUUUAAAUGUGUGGCAUUGUAUAUAAUUGCAGAUGACAAAUGAUGCAACAAUUUCUUUAUAAUGUAACUGAUGGGAAUGGAGCCAGGAUUUGACUUAUAAUUUUUGGCUUCAAUCUUUUUUAUUUCAUACUGUAUUUAAUGUAUAACAAAUUCUUUGUUUUGCAAAUAAAUGAUAAUAUUUGCAAUAAAA